AUCGGGGUAACUGGUGAGCCUAGCAACAAAAAGAAUCGCAGUCUGCAAUAGAUGGUCUAUAGUCAAUGAUGAAUGGGCACUUCCCUGACAGGAGCAUCGCUCAAUCUGAAACCGAAACCGUUCAGACGCCCCAGCCGAGACCCGUCUCUGAAUUCCAGAUGUUCCCCCCGUCCGGGCGCCCGGAAGUAGCUGCACGCGUCUGCGCCAUGGAAGGCUUAUCUGGCCAUCACCACGGCCACCCAGAGGUGGUCGGAGCGAUCACUCUCCGCGCUGGACAGGGGUGACUCACCUGCGCAGAGGAACUCACGGUCACCCCGACGGAGCGCCGGAGGACACGGAACCCGUGCGCCGCCACCCCACCGCCGCGCCGCCGCCGGCGCCGCCCCGCGCGGAAGGACCUUGGCCCACCGUUCGACGUCGUCCAACCCGACAGAAGUCACCGUCGCCGCCACUCGACGACGGCGACGGUGGCGCCGCCACCGGCCGUCGACGGAGGCUGGAGAUGCUGGAGGCAUUGCCGUGCUCCUGCCGCCGCCGACUCAAGGCCCCCAGCCGACAGGCUACUAUAAGAACGGAGAUGACCUAGUUUGGCGUCACUCGAUACAGUGGUGCAGCGGCCGGUCGAAAGCGAAAGUACCGACGUCAGGCACCAUGAAGCUGCUGCAGGUGGUUCUGGCCGUGUGCGCGGUGGGCUUCUGCGCCGCGCAGACCUACAACCAGGGAGUGGUUCAGGGCGCUACUCUGGCGCUGGCCGGUACGGCCGUGGUCGGACUGGGCGUCCUUGCCAUUCAGAACUCGAACCGUCGGCGUAACCGCUAUCCCGGCUACGCCCCUGGCUACGGCGGCUACGGCGGCUACGGCGGCUACCAGCAGGGUCCCUACUACGGCGGCGGCUACCGCCCUCAGCCCUACUACGGCCGAUUCCGUCGUGACCUGAGCAGCGGAGCGGACGAGACGGAGCUCAGCUUCGAGAAGGUUCUGUCUCGCGACAAGGCCCAGUGCGGUAUGCGCCUGGUGUGUGAGCUCGAGGCGCGCGCCGCCGCCGGAGAGCAGGUCGGCGAGUACGGCCAGCUAAUCAUCGACGGACUCUUCAGCUCCCACCCCCGUCCCGUGCCUGCCGAGGCCCUGGGCACCGCUGCUGGCAAAUACAGCUACGCUGCCUUCGUCGGCUCUCAGAGCGACGUGAAAACGUGCGCCGAGCUCUACUCUACCUGCAAGUACAACAGCAAGGUCAUCCUCAGCCUGGUGCGCAUCGCCCGCGAGUCGCGCAACUGAGCGCAACACAACGAACGCAACUGCGCAACGCCAACUGCAACUGUUGCCCAGUGCUGAGACGCAAGCUAAGGCGUGGGUGAUGCUUCCUUUUGGCGUUGACUAUUUGAUAUUUGUAUGUCAUCUGAGUGAUGCCAGUACGUGAGGCUUUGUAUUUAUUUCAACAUCGUAUUUAUUGUGAAAUGUGUCUAUUGAAAGUGCACACCUGUGAUGCAUCAUUACGUCACAUUGUGCCAUGUGUGCUUACAUCCUACCGCAUCGAAAUAUAACGUCAAUGAGCGU